AUGGCCUUGCACAAUUCACUGCGGGUCUGAGUGGUGGGGUCGAGGUAGGAGAUGUGCCAGCGUCCUCAUCGUGGAGACCACAACCUGGAUCGAUUAGUCCUAGGAGACAGCCUAUGCGCAGUCGAUUUGAGGAAGUCCCGAUGCUUCAAUCGCCCUUGUGCGAGCAAAAGGGAGUAACAAUAAGCUGCAAAACGCGAGCGGAGUUAGAGGAAGACAGGAUGGUGGGAGGGAG